UUGAUCUCGUACGUCUGCGUCGCCCAGUGACUUGAGAGCGUAUCCGGCGUGUGGCCAAUAAAAACGAUUUCGCCGGCGCGUUCUUGACCAAUGAAAGACCACAGCGCGAGGUUACGGUUACCUCGGAUUGAUUCCAUUGGAUUCUCUUGCAAGUGCGGCGAUGCUAUUGGUCGCCUGGGCUAAUCAAUAGGAAACGCAUUAAAUAUACCAGAACAAACGAGCAUGGGCCGAUUCCUCCAGUUGCGAGACAUCGUUUUCUUACUUAAUAUUCAUGAGCUUCUGCGGCUGCGGAUGGAACUGUGCUUCGUCAGGCUAUAGCUCGCGCGGUUGGCUCGCGACUUGGAUUUGUGCCAUUGUUCGGUUAAAACAGUUGCUGCUUGACACAGCUGCUACUAAUAAAUCAUAAUGUCGUCCUUGUGGAAGCCUUUCUCUGUGUCAGAGGGGCCGUGCAGUAGCUUGGAGCCCAGGCGAGGAUGCUCCGAGCCGACGCGUCUUCGCACGCAGAACCCGAACAAGCGCCUGGGUGCUGAGUUCACGGGGGUGGUGUCUAGUUGUUGUCUCCCGGGUGGGAGCCGUCUGGGUCCCCCUAGGAGGGCGAUUUCGGCCGCGGCGAUCGGUGGAAAAAAGAUAACACACCCAGGGAAGGCGAUUUUGGCAGGUGGUAUUGCAGGUGGCAUUGAGAUCUGCAUAACCUUUCCUACAGAGUACGUGAAGACACAACUUCAGCUGGAUGAGAGAGCCAAUCCUCCAAGAUAUAGGGGCAUAGGUGACUGUGUGAGACUAACCGUGCAGGAUCACGGACUCCGGGGGCUCUAUCGAGGCCUGAGUUCCCUGCUUUAUGGGUCCAUCCCCAAAUCCGCCGUCCGGUUUGGCACAUUCGAGCUGCUCAGCAACCCCCUGCGAGACGCCAAUGGCCGCCUGGACAACACCCGCAGCCUGAUGUGUGGGCUCGGGGCAGGUGUAGCUGAGGCCAUCCUGGUGGUCUGCCCCAUGGAAACACUCAAGGUGAAGCUCAUUCAUGAUCAGUGCUCUCUGCAGCCUCGUUACAGAGGGUUUUUCCAUGGGGUACGAGAGAUCAUCAGGGACCAGGGGGUGCGUGGAACCUACCAGGGCCUGACCGCCACUGUGCUGAAACAGGGUUCGAACCAGGCUAUUCGAUUCUACGUGAUGACCUCACUCCGGAACUGGUACAAAGGCGAUGAUCCCCGGCGUGAAAUGCACCCAGUGGUGACGGCGGCAUUUGGGGCACUGGCGGGGGCUGCCAGUGUUUUUGGGAACACACCUCUUGAUGUGGUGAAGACAAGGAUGCAGGGCUUGGAGGCUCACCGCUACCGUAACACCGUUGACUGUGCCUUUCAGAUCCUGCGCAACGAAGGUCCACAAGCAUUCUACAAGGGCACGGUCCCACGACUGGGCCGUGUGUGCCUGGACGUGGCCAUCGUCUUCGUCAUCUAUGAGGAAGUCGUCAAGAUGCUCAACGACGUCUGGAAAACAGACUGAAGGAGGCAGAGACAGAGGGAUGGAGUAGACGUAGAAAUGCAGGCUAUACUCACAAGCUUCUAACGCACAAGAUUUUUUUUUCUACUGUUCAACAAAGGGAUGUAAUUCUAGGUUAUGACACAUUUUAGUUUUUUUUAAUUUUUUUUUUGUGGAAAACACUGGUAUUUUGAUCUGGUCCCUGUUGAUUGGUCGAGCUUUGGUCAAUGCAGACGACAUGUCAAAGGGUGUGAAUACCAGCCGCGCAAUGUACGUUUCCUUCGGAAUUUACUGCCUUGCUGUAGGACAUUUGUUUAACAAGGUUGCCGGUCAUUAACACGAGCCAGUUUGAUGCUAAUUAGCGUACAGACCUGUAUUCUUACCUUAGAGCCGAGUCAUUUUGCUUUACGUUGGGAACAGGAUUAUAGGAAUGGCCCUUCAAGAUUAUUUUUGAAUUAUUGUUUCAUAAUCACCCUAAAGUUUUAGUAUCUCUCUUGGUUCUCGUGGCCUAAGGUGUAUGAACAUCAUCUUUCUACAUGAGCACUUAAUCACAAGGAGCAAUUGAAAUAAUGUCACUAAUCGAGCUAAAUUAGCUAUUAGCGCUGAAUUUAUCAGCUUAGGGAAGGGCUGGGAAAAGCGGAGCACAUUUCAGGCUAGAGGCUAGGAUUUAAUACUGCUGUUACGUACAAACCAGUACCUAAUCCUGGGCUGGAGAGAGGCAUGUUCCGUAGAGACGGCUCAGAAUCAUUACUGCUCCAAUCCGGCUGAGCACUUUAUGAUUUUUUUUGUGGCUGACAUACUGUUAGAUCAGUAUCCCCAUUUUUGUACGAAAUUUUGUGUUUGCUUCAGCUGAUGCCAUUUUCACACUAACAUUUACAUUCCUGCUUAUCCUGCCAUUUUCAUGGGGGGGGGGGGGGGGUGUCUUCAUGUGUAGAAUUGUGCCCAGUGCUCUUAAAUCCUGUUGUGGGGUAAUAUACCCAUUGCACUAGACAUCCAAAGCCUUUGGUGGCCAGCAUUGUCACACUCAAGGUGAACUGGUGCCCUCUACUGGCUCGGCUGUCCAGACGUGCCAAAGGCAGGUACUGUUUUUCUGCGCCUUGUUUCGCGAUGGUUUUUGCCACAAAAUGCCACAAUGUGUCCCAUAACUUGCUUCCGUCUCUCACAUCCCUCCUACGUGUCACCAGUUAAAUUUUGGUUCUGGGGUGGGAUUUUAGAACAAGAUUAAAUAUUUAUUAAUAAACUGA